UGUCAUAAUCCCACCACCCCUCCUGAAUUUGCGUGUAUACAUUUUUAAACCUGGAAUAUUUUGUCUUUCUCCUUUCAACGAAAGAGCUUCAAUGGCACAGAUCUAAUAAUCAUCCCCUCUUCAACCAACCAACCAACCACACAACCAGCUACAACCGGAUUGCAAAGCAACCAUGUCGGAAGUCCGCCAACGCCAGAAAUCCAACAAAGCUGGCGGCAGCAGCAACAGCAGCAACAACAACAAGAAACCCAGCAGCAAAGCCCCCAAAAAUGCACGCGGCGGCAUCAGCAUCCUCGACCUAAUCCGCGUGCUAGCGACACUGGUAAUCGCCUCAUGCGGCCUAUCCUACUACAUGACGUCUUCGGAAUCGCUACUCUGGGGCUACCGGCCAUGGUUCACACGCCUGCCAGUAGUGAUGCGCUUUCUGCAAGGUCCCCUAACCCUCACACCGGCCCAACUCUCCCUCUACAACGGCACAGACCCAACCCUCCCGCUCUACGUCUCCGUAAACGGAACCAUCUUCGACGUGAGCGCCAACCCAAUGGUCUACGGGCCGGGCGGCCACUACAACUUCUUCGCGGGACGGGACGCGACGCGCGCGUUCGUGACGGGCUGCUUCCAGGAGGACCUGACGCAUGAUCUGACGGGCGUGGAGGAGAUGUUCAUGCCCGUGGACGAUCCCGCCGAGCUGGCGGCGCUGUCGUCCGGCGAGCGGAAGAAGCGCCGCGAGCAGGACGUGCGCUACGCCCGGAGCCGUAUCGAGCGCGCCGUGUCGCACUGGCAGAAUUUCUUUAGGAAUCAUAAGCGGUAUUUUGAGGUCGGGAGGGUCGUUGGGUUGGAGGUUUCCGGAGAGGGUGAGAAGAGGGAGUUGUGCCAGGCUGCUAGGCAGCAGAGGCCUACGAGGAAGCAGGUCGUUGAGGCUUUGGCUGCUGGGAAGCGGUAGGUUGUUCGUGGACUUCUUGGUGUUGGGUGGGGUGGAUGGAUUGUAUGCUAUAUAGUUUGGGGAUAUCAGGUUGUUGAUAUAUGCAGGCUUAGUUUUGAGCGACGCUGUGACGUUUUGUAUGUCGGAU